CAGCUACAAUUUCCAAAAGAAAUCCCGAAUUUUGUCUUUGUGACAAGAGUUAUAAUCAUAACAACGUUCACAGAAAGUCUGAGCUGUUUAAUGAAAUUAUAACGUUGAUGGAAAAUAAGAGAGAUUAGAGAUUAGCAUUCCACGUUGGACGUUGAAGAAAACAUGGCGGCGUCCUUGAGCAGCGCAAGGACUGUGAGGCUGCUGAGCACCUUAGCCCGGUCCAGUUUAUUAUGCAGCUCCUCUGGACUCCGAGGUCUCCAUGUCACUGCAGCAUGCUGCAAGAAUCGAGCCGCUCGUAUCCGAAUAGGGAAGGGAAACAAACCUUUGACCUACGAGCAAGCACUUCAUCCUCAUCACAUCGGCCACUGCAAAGGAUGGCUGUCACAGCACACCAGUAACCUCAAAGGUGAAGAGGGGGCGGCUGACCGCACUGUGGAGGACGUCUUCAUCCGGAGGUUCAUGUUCGGAACCUUCCAUGGCUGCCUGGCCAAUGAGAUUGUGCUGAAAAGGCGUGGCAACGUGCUCAUUGUGUGCACUAUAAUGCUGCAGAAGAUGAUACCACAGAAAAUUUACUUCUUGAUCGGCUACUCGGAGUGGCUGUUGUCACACUUGUACAAAUGCCCUGUGAAGUUAGAGAUCCAGACCCUGCAGGACAAAGCUGUGUACAAGUACAUCUGAUGGAAAUGUGCUGAUAAUAAUCAUAGGGGGUAACUGCAACACAACCAUUCCUACCAACAGGUUUCAGUGAAAUGAACUUAUUUAUUUCAUUACUGGCGUUCGAAGAAGCCAUUGAUCAUUGGAAAAACUAAAGUGAGCCACAUUUGUACUUCCACAGCAGACAGUUGUUUCAUAAAAUGUAAGUAAAAUGAUCAGAUAAAUCAGUAAAUUUACUUCAUGCUCCUGCUUUGAAAUAAAUAAUCUGUCUGGGAUCAUAUAAGAUA